CAUGACAAUCACCCUUUGCACACAUGGUUUUGAACACUGGCUGCACCUUCUGGCCUCCUCACCUCACCUAGAGACAACAUGCAGAAUCUAAAAGAGAAUUGUUCCCAGAGGAGUGGAGAGAAUUAUAAGAGCAAUUUGGCACUAAAUGUGAAAUGCGAUGCUCAAAAAGCACAUACCAGACUUAUGAUCAGGUGUCUGCAAACCUUUGCCAACAUAGUGUAUAUGUAACAUCUGACCCAGGUAGUCUAACAGGGAACGAGGUUGUAUUGUAAUUUGGUGAGUGACAUUCGUGCAGAGCCCACAGAAUAUGGAUCAAAGUGUCCGGACAAACCGUCUGUUUCAGUGUUGCAACAACCACUUCCUAUAGUGUACCUUGAAGUGAAAGUGCCUCUGGCCAGGAAAGAUGAGAUCUUCAGGGAAGUUGAAUGCCCAGACAAGCACAGCAUGCUCAUUGCAAACCUCAAACUUCCUAGGUUGGUAAGGCAUAAUGCCAUUUAUGUUUAGUAGGUCUGGCAACCACUGCUGAUAAAUAAAUGGAUUAGCAAAGUUCACACUGGUUGUUAACCACAUCAAUAAUUGCUGCUGUAUUUAAGUCUAACCCAGAAUAAAUGUGAAGGUCAGAUGGUACUGUGGAAUGCAUAUGAGGUAGGUCUCUUGGCACAGCACAAUACACCUUCCCACCUGCCAUAACAAACUGUUACUGUUGAUCACAUUCUCUCUCUGCUUUAUAUAUAGACUCUACUGCAUCAUUAAAUAUGUACCACCUGUGUGAACAAUGGCAUUCGACUCUUCCCCACUAACAGUCAGCUUUAUUUGGAGUAGGAUGAAUAUGAUGCUUUUAUACUGGACACCCCAGCAUCUAUCCACUCAACAACCAUAUGUAUAAUGUUAAAUAUUCAGCUUAUCAAUUAAUUAAUUAGCAUUGUGAUACUGUUCAAGUUGAGAUAUCCUCAAGUAGGAAAGAAGACAAAAAUCUUUCUUAAAAAAGGUUUUUGGCCUUCCGUUUGUCAUUUCCACAAACAUGUGAACCACCAUUCUAACACUCAACCUGGAAGUGCUUCCCUGACUAAACAGAGCAGAGUAAACUGGCUGAGGUCCUUCACUAACUUCCUGGACUUGGACCAGCACAGCCUGCUGUAAAUAUACUGCAGGUCAAGAAGUUCAGUGCAUAUGGUACACUCAGCUGAUCACACCACUUCCUGGAGAGAACCAUUCUUUCUACAAGCCAGUAGACUUCUCAACUUGAAGCAUAUGUGCUAGACAUUCUAUCCAGGCGCCUCCUCAGGGGCUUUGCAGACAAGAUGUUGUCUCUUUCAUCACACAAAAAGACACUGCACAGUCACCCGGGCAGAGAAGUGAGAAAGUGGAAGAUAACUAACACAGCACUUAGAAUGAAGAUCCUCCUAAUUUUCAACUUCUGCCUUAUAGCUGGAUCUGAUGCUGUAACUACAGUAACCGGAUACAGAGGAAGAUCAGUUAAGAUCGAAUGCCGCUAUAAACCUGGAUAUGAAGAAUACAAGAAAUAUCUCUGCAAAGGUGAAUGUAAUGCCUGGAAGCAUGUUCUUAUUUAUUCUUCAUCUCCUGCUGAAGACACCAGAUUCUCUCUGUAUGACGACACAAGAGCCAGGAUCUUCACUGUCACCAUCACUGAUCUGAGAGCCAAGGAUAACGGCACUUACUGGUGUGGGAUUGAGCGAGCAUGGCCAGUAAAAGAUAUUUACACAAAGCUUCAACUGCUGGUUAAACUGGAUGUUCCUGCAAGCAGUACUGUCUCACAGUCCACACACACCACAUACUCUGCUACAACACCUAUCACAAGUCCAUCAGUGCAUCCUGAGACUCCUCCAGCUACAACUACUCCAUUAAUCACAGCUCAACACCGUACCACUGCUCCCUCAUCUGAUGAUGUUCCAGGUUUAGUUACCUACUUCCUGAUCAGUACAGGUGCAGUGGUGUUCAUUUUUGUUGUGAUCAUAGCAAUCUACUGCAAAAGAAGAUGUCAAGGCCCAGAAACAUCUUCCAAAGAGUCAGGUGAUGUUCAAGCAAGAGUAAACACCAACAUACGUGGAUCUGUAUGCAAGACUCCAGACCCAACCACCAGCCAAUCAGAAUCAAUCUAUCAGAAUCCAAGUAUUACUGAUAGUCAAUCAGAUUCUCUCUACCAGAAUCUGACAGUCACUAAUAGCAAAUAAGAUGUAGAUAAGAUUUAAACCCUCUCACAGUGUUUACUGGUUUCCCAGCAGGCAUUUUUCUUGGCCUGUGGAUUAUUCAUUUUCUGUAUUGUAAUUGCUUAUUACAUGAUUAUGCAUAGACCCAAUUUUAAAGCCUCCUAUUGCAGAAUUUACACUUGAUUUAUUUACCCUUCUAUGUAACUUUAUGUAAUAUAAAUAUCAAUUAUUUGUUUAGUCAUUUUUGCAAUUUUAUUUUCAUAAGAAAUGGUAGGGGUUCCCUGGUGGUCUAGUGGUUAGGAUUCAGCGCUCUCACCGCCGUGGCCUGGGUUUGAUUCCCGGUCAGCCAUUAGGGUUGCACAAGCCAGUGCACUCUUAGUGUCGGUACCAAGCCCGGAUAAAGGGGAGGGUUGCGUUAGGAAGUGCAUCCAGGCGUAAAACGUGCCAAAAAUAGGACAUGCGGAUCAUGAAUACGAAUGACCCGCUGUAGCGACCCCUAAUGGGCGAAGCUGAAGCUGAAGACUUUAUUUUCAUGACAAAUUUGUGUAUUUUCCUUUUCACUGCUCUACAUUAUGUCUAAUUCCACAAAAAAGUAAAUGAAAUAAUAAAUACAUUUACACAGAAUGAUUGAAUGUACAUUUUCACAUGGUUUGUUUGCAAUGUAAAUACAGUAC